AUGGGCAUUCACCCGCUCAACUUGUCAAAAUUAAUUAAUAUUAUUAUUGUUUUAGAAGUUCCACGCUUUGAAGAUAGCCUAAACAACUUGACUGUGUCGUUGGGCAGAGAGGCUGUUUUCACUUGUGUUGUCAAUGACCUUGGCUCCUACAGGGUGGCGUGGCUACGCGUGGACACGCAGACUAUCCUGACGAUCGCGACUCACGUGAUCACGAAGAACCAUCGCAUCGCUGUCAACCACAGCGACCGAAGAGUGUGGUUCCUGCACAUACACGACGUCAGACAGUCGGACCGCGGCUGGUACAUGUGCCAGCUAAACACUGACCCUAUGAAGAGCCAAACAGCAUAUCUAGAUGUAGUAGUGCCCCCGGACAUUUUGGACUACCCGACGAGUAGCGAUCAGGUCGCUCGGGAGGGGGCCAACGUGACGCUGCGGUGCGCGGCCCACGGCGUGCCGACACCCACCGUCGUGUGGAGGAAGGAAGCUGGCGACUUGUUGCCUACCACCAACUUUAGUGACACACAUAACUCUUCAGUGAACGGCGCAGUUCUCCAGCUGGUGAAGGUGUCGAGAUUACACAUGGGAGCAUAUUUAUGUAUCGCCAGUAAUGGAGUGCCACCUUCAGUCAGCAAACGCGUCAUGCUCGUCGUGCAUUUUCCGCCGAUAAUGACCAUACAAAACCAAUUAGUAGGAGCUAAGGAAGGCGAUACUGUACAUUUGGACUGCCAUUCAGAAGCUUUCCCUAGAUCGAUUAAUUAUUGGACGAUAAAUGAUCAAAUCAUAUCACAAUCGGACAAGAGGUUCGAGAUCACCGCCGUAGAGAGAGGCUACGAGGUGGAUAUGAGGCUGAAGAUAAAGAAAGUUGGGAGGAACACUUUCGGCACAUACAGUUGCAUAUCAAAGAACUCCCUUGGAGACACGGAUGGGACAAUAAAAUUGUAUUCACUGUCCGGCAAAUUUGAAGAGAUGCAGUACAACGAGGUGGGCGACUCCGAGGAGAGUCCUGACGUCAGUGAACUUGAAGCGCUCAAACGAAGCACAGCCGCCCGGCCGUACUCCUCGCUCGGGAUCUUUGUAGCCAUUUAUGUUGUAUUAUAAAGCUACUUUGUACAUAAAAUAUAUUGUUACAAUAAUAUUUUAUUUGGUGUUUCAUUAGCUACGGUUUAGAUUUCACCAAAAACAAUUAAGUAUCUGAUACCAGGCAUUAACUGACGGAAAAAUGGCAAAAAAGUUUCAUUUAAUUAUGGCAUAUAUAAUGCACUUUGCUACAUUGUUACUUAAUUCUAACAAUUCAAGGCAUUUACAAAUUAAAGCUUCAUAAAAUUUUCACCUAAAAAUAUAAAAUGCCGUGUUCAAAGAAUUGUAAAACAUGUUUCGGGAUUGUUUAAACGUGGCCGUCACUGGCGUCAUAUAUCAUGCACGGGGUGUCCCGGUACUUCUAUAUUUCAUGUACGUCGCCGGUCCGAGCCCGGGGAGGGAGCGACACCUGCGCUCGGGGCGUGGACGCCCGACGACGGCGGCGCAGCGGCGGGGCGUAGACUCACCAAACGAACCGCAGGCGAGGACGUCCUCACUACUACACGGCUUCAGGACACUGCGACACGAAUGUAAAUGUGUUACUCGAGACGUCCGAAGGUGUCACAUGACGACUGUUAUCUGACGUACGAACCAUUUUCUCGUACUACUAGCGGAAUUGUGCCCUCAUACUCGACGAAUAAUAGGUAUCAUUAGAAUUCAUUUCGCAUACACCCGAUACUCAUCGCUGUUGUGUGGCUUACCUCGUGUACCUAUUUAGUUUAUAUAACUACGGGAUUCAUGUACCGAUGUUACAUUAUGAUCAUAUCAAAAUAUUAACGUUAUUUAUAAACAUCCAACCCUUCUAGUCUAAGAUUUAUCUUGGUUAAGUCAAUAGGCAAGUUGGCUCGAGUUUCGAGUCCGACAUAAAAUAACUUGCUACUAACAUAUUCCAA